GCCGGGGAGAAGGCAGAGGCCGGCGGCGCGGCCGCGGCCACGGCCGCGGCGGUGGCAGCCACCGAGGCCAGCCUGGCGGAGGCCAGCCUUGAGGAGGCCAGCCUGGCGGAGGCUGCCGCGUCGCCUUCCUCCUACGGGAGGGUGGAUAUGGACGAAGAGCUGGCGGCGGCCUUGGCUGCAGAAGAGGAAGAGGCGGCGGCCGGGGGCUCGGACGAUGGGAACCCAGACUUUCCCACGGCCUCCCUGUACGUGGGCGACCUGCACCCCGAGGUAACCGAGUCCAUGCUGUAUGAGAAGUUCAGCCCUGCCGGGCCCAUCCUGUCCAUCCGCAUCUGCAGGGACAAGGUCACCCGGCGCUCUCUGGGCUACGCAUAUGUCAACUACCAGCAACCGGUGGAUGCCAAGCGGGCCCUGGAGACCAUGAACUUUGACGUUAUAAAUGGCAGGCCAGUGCGCAUCAUGUGGUCCCAGAGGGACCCGUCGCUCCGCAAGAGCGGGGUGGGCAACGUCUUCAUCAAGAACCUGGGCAAGACCAUCGACAACAAGGCGCUGUACAACAUCUUCUCGGCCUUCGGCAACAUCCUGUCCUGCAAGGUGGCCUGUGACGAAAAGGGGCCCAAGGGCUACGGGUUCGUGCACUUCCAGAAGCAGGAGUCGGCCGAGCGGGCCAUAGAUGCGCUGAAUGGCAUGUUCCUCAACUACCGCAAGAUUUUCGUCGGGAGAUUCAAGUCUCACAAGGAGAGAGAGGCUGAAAGGGGAGCCUGGGCCCGCCAGUCCACCAGCGCUGACUUCAAGGAUUUCGACGACGACUCCGAUGACGAGGCCACCUUUCGAUGAAGACAUCCCAGGACCCAGCCAGUAGAGCCAAACCGUGGCUCCCACCCCGUUUACAACCCCCACCCCCCAACCCACCAGCAGUGUAUUGUAUUGGGAGUGCAGGUUUCUCUCUUCCCCCUCCUUCUCCUCUUCCCCCUCCCUCUCUCCCUCUCCCCCUUCCCCUUCUUCUCCCCCCUCGAUGAUCCCUCCCUCCCCGCUUGCUCCUCUUUUCCUCUUCCCUUCCCUCCCUCUCUUGCCCUCUCUCCCUCUCUCUCUCUCCUCCCCUCUCCUCUCUUCCCCUGCCCCCCUCCUCAGAGCUAGCUAGCUUCCCCCUCCCCUCGCUGCUCUCAGCCCCUCUCUUCUUCUGUCCUCGCCUUCCCUCCCUCUCUCCCCAACCCCAGCAAGGGCCCCUUGUAGAGAAUAAUCCCACUAAGCUGUGCCAUUGGAGAGGUUAAAAGCUGCCUCUUCUCCAGGUGGUGGUCGGUCUGAUUCUUAAAAGCGUUUUUUUUCUGUCUCUUUGUUUACUGCACAGGUGAUGCAAUUCAUGGUAGAAAUGUCUGGAAGGAGAAGGAAGUCUGUCUGAUGUGGGAGAAAGAAGCAAGAGUGUAAUUGCCUCCCACCGUCCUAAUACCCAGAGAGAAGCCCUUUUAUCUUCUUUGGUGUGCUGUUUUUCCAGGCUCUCUGCUUCCCCUCUCUCUCCCUCUCACCCCAGACCCACCUUCCCUUUUAACAUUCUUGUAGAGUGGUUCAUGUAUGUGGUGUUUCUUAACCUGCUUUUUUCAGCGACUAAAACCAAACAGAAAUCAACGCGUUGAACUUCUUUCCAUGCUAUUCAACAGGCUUAUGAUAAGACCAUCAUCUUCAGUGCCUGCAGAGUGCUCCUGUGUAUCCAUGGACCUUAACAUUUCUGUAAUCAUUCCUGCAUUGUUGGACAUUCAGGUGGUGCCUAGUUCUUUCCCUGUGUUUAAAACCAACACUGUGUGCCCUGAGGAGUGAAUCCUUCCUUGUCAAGCCAAAUCUAGGCUAGCAUCCUGGAUGCUCUCUCCUUAACUGUGGACUUGCAGGAUCCACAUAUAGACGUUUCAAAGACUUUCCCUGUGUGUUGCCAAAAGGCUCCCUUUCAUAAGCAUUGUACCAGUUUGUAUUUGUGCCAGCCAGUGCAGCUAGUAAAACGGAAAAAAAAAAUGGGUAUGCUCGUGUCCCCUGCACAGUUUCCUGGUCCACUGUAACUCUCUCUCUCUCUCUCUCUCUCCCCCUCCCUCCCCCAUUCACCCCCCCCCCCCCCCCGCUUGUGUGGUGUGUAUGCCUCUGUGUGUGCGCGUGCGUGGUCAAUCUCAUGAGCUGCAAAUGGCAUCUUCACUGUUGUGAUUAUUUCACUGGAAUUGAAUGCUGUUUACCACCCCUUUGCUGCGUUCCUGCUUCUUUUCCUUUUCCCUCUUGGCAAAAAAAUAAAUUCAGCUAUAUUGCAGGAAAAAACAAAAUCCCUAAGCCGAUGAUUUAACAUAAGAAAUGGAAUGCUACAAUGCUAUCAGCAAUCAAUCCUAAUGACUCCCAUGCCUUCUGGAAUUGUACUCAUCUCUAUGUGCCCAGUGUUUUUCAGUAACCUCUGAGACAUUUUCUUGUUUCUCUAGUAUUGUUCUUAUGCAUUGUCAUAAAUGUAUAUUAUAAUGUACAUAGUGCUUUUAUAUCUGCUUCUCACAUGUGUGUGUAUGUGUCUAUAUGCGCAGACUGCUGAGCUUCACUUCCUGUCAUUAAAGAUACUUUGAAAAUAGUUUCUUUGGUUGUUGGUACUUGAUUUUUGUCUUGGCUAAUGUGAUAAAUAUGUGCAUUAAAGUAGAUAGAUUGAUUCUUAAAUGUGUAUACAUAUUCAUGUCUAUAUCCAUCUGUUUUGUGGUCGUGUACAUUUUAUUAAGUAUUCAUUUUUAUAAUCAACCUUAGUGACAUUCAAGGUUAUUUCAUCCAUAAAUGCUUAGAAGAAAUUUUAAAUGUUCAAAAUAUGUGUCACCUGUCUUGUUGGGCAAGAAAAGUGCAUUGUUUAAUUGCUAUACUCAAAGAUAGUACAUGUUUCCCUCCUUAAGCUAGUCCCAGCCUAUGAGUGUUCCAGAUAUAAUAUUAUAAUUAUCUUAUGUUUCUGUAUAUGGUUUAUCUUUAACAGAUCUAAACACUUUGG